GGGGACGCUGGGGCAGGACGCGGCGGGAGCCCCGCUAGCACAGGAAGUCGCUCCGCCGAGAGAGGAGGGAGGAGGCAGGAGGCGGAGCUGUGCCGCUCGGCCCGAGUGAUUUUUUGGAUUGAAAACAAUGGGUAGAAAAGAUGCCUCUACAUCAAGGACUCCUGUUGACCAGUACAGGAAACAGAUAGGAAAACAAGAUUAUAAGAAAACCAGGCCUAUGUUAAGAGCCACAAGAUUAAAAGCAGAGGCCAAGAAAACUGCACUAGGCGUAAAGGAAGUUGCCCUUGUCCUUGCAGCUAUACUGGUAUUUUUGUUGGCUUUCUAUGCUUUCUUUUAUCUUAACAUUUCCAAUGAAGUUGACCUUGAUCUGGAUCCAGAUGAAAACUAGCAGAUGCAAUGAAUCUAUCAUCAAGAUUUCUUCUGCUUCAACAAGACUGCAUAGGAACACACAGUCCCUUCAGCGUGAGACCGUAAACGAUGCCAUUUCUUGCAGUCCAAAUUCAUAAGAAAGUUUUGCAAUACGUCAGUCACUUCUACAUUCUAGAUCUGCAAAAUAAGAACACUUAUGCCUGGCCAAGUGUAUUUGAUUAACACCAAGGCCAGGAGCAACAGUACAAUACAUGAAAUUUAUUGUUUACAUUAUUUUUGUCUCAGGCAGAGAACUUUGAUGUCAAAAGACAGGUGCUAUUAUUAUCAUGGAUAUUCAUGCUGACUUCACAGGAGUGUCUGCCUUGACCAAACUUAGGAAUCAAAGCUUCCUAAUAACGAAAUUAGUUUCCUUUUCCAAAAGAAAGCAGAAAUACCAAAUAAAAAGUCUUUUAUUUAAAAUAUAUCAAAACACCCUCAUCCUCCCUCUCCCUUUUAAUCUUUCUUGGGCAUGUGUGCACACGCGCGCACAUGAAGAUGGAAGAAAUUGUAGGGGGAAAAAAUCCUUUUAGAAGCAGUCUGUCACCUUCUAUAUGGACUUAAUUUUAUGUCAUCCCAGAUUCUGUGUGCUCAUAUAUCUGCAGUAAUCUUUUUCAUUCUUUUGCCAACUGUUCAGCACACAUGUGUUCUGUUAGAAAUGGCACCUGGAUGACAGAAGCUCUAACAUUCGCAUAUGCUUCUGAAACACAGUUCUUUGCUGCUGUGCCGUCUGAACUAGUGUAAAUAGAAAGUUCAGUUGAUGUUGGUUUUAAUUAGUAUAUUAGUCUAUUAUUCAUAUAAAGUCAAAAUUUUAUUUUAAUUAUACUCUUCCUGAUGGUUGUGGUAUGAACUUGCUCUACCCGUUAGGGGAAUGUUGUAAAAAAACGUUCCUUUCCAGCUAUACAAUCAUUUUAAUCAUCAAACUAAUGUAAGAAGUUGUAAGUAAUAAGAAAGCACUUUUUUGUCCAGGUGUACUAAUAAUUGGGUAAAUCUUGGCUCCAUGACAUGCUUCAGUUCUUGCAAAGUACCUUUCAAAUUAUGCACUGUAGAUAACAUUUCUGAUCCCUUUGAUAGCCACAGGUCGCUUGAAGGAGUUGGUAUGUCAGAGCAGCUGCAAGGAGCUUUAGAAUUCUGGCUUUAUCCUGUUCUACUUCGAGUUUGGCAUAUAACUAAGCUUAUGGAUAUAAAGGUUCAGCUUUGAAUCCUUUAAACGUGUGGUCAGCCUUUGUCUGGUUCAGAUUCAGUUUGAUAUCAAGAAAAGCAUAGAGCCAUUGGUGCUGAAUGUGGCAAGGAAGUUAGGCAGACUGACUUCCUGAAAAGUUUUCAUAAUUUUUAAGUUUUAUUAGUGAAUUAGCUUCACUUUACCUUUGAUACAAAUUUCAGGGCUGAAUGUUAGGUUUAAUUGCAACUGAGGUAUUUACUGUCUUGUUCCCAAGAUGCCUAAGAUUUCUUGUAGUGAUUUUGAAGACAAAGGGAUACAAAUCACAGCAAAUAUUAUAAUGGAAAAUAUAUUUCUUUUAAAUUGACACAGUCCCAUUAUCACCACUUAAGAAACUUAGAUCAGUACAGUUAAUUUUUAAACCAUACAGUAACUGUGAGCGUAUACAUUAUGAGUCUCUAAGGAUUCACUUCUUAUCUGUCAUACUCCUUAUUCACUUUAUGCAAUGCAAAACAACUCCUCUAAAAAUUAAGAGUACAACAGUCUUCCGAGAAGAACACAAAAGAGAAACAUGUAUGUGCAAAUAUUUCUCUUACAGACACAAAAUUCUAACAUGUAUGCAUGCAUGUGACUUAUAGUCUGAUACUACUUGCACACAUGACCACACAUGUAGCAACAUGUUGAAUUUAUGGUGAAACAUUAUCUGACACAUGGCCUAAUUUUCAGUGGAGGGAAAAGUGUAUCACAAGCUGUCUGCUUGGAUGUGACAUGCCUUUCGCUUCACCAGUGCCCCACCACAUGUCACAGAAGCUGCACACCUUUCCCGUUACUUUGCAUUAGCAAUUUUCUUGUUCUAUAAGAUGCUGGAAGAAUUGCUUUCUUAAUGUCUGCUUAGAGCUCUCUGGGUGAUGCGUGGCCUGAGAAAGAUGUGUAGUUACUCCCUUCACACAGGUUGUCUUGUAACCUCUCUGAAUUGGUUAUGAUAACAAGCAAGCAAUUCUUACUGUCAAAUUUAUUAACGUGAAGUUCCUAGAACAGGAAGAUUGCCUUUCCCAUAAUUAUGAAUCAGACAAAAACUAAAGCAUAUAUAUAUUGUGAUUCUAGCAAGUUCCCUGAUGUGCGGCUCAUAAGUCUGUAUUGCCCUCAAGUGCCAUAGUUUGCAGUGUGUUUGCUUUGUUUAGAUUAGGCAUUUUCAUUUACGUGAAAGAUCAUAAACUUGUAGAAUGUAUCAUAGAAUCAUAGAAUGGUUUGGCUUGGAAGGAACCUUGAAGUUCAUCUAGUUCCAACCCCACUGCCAUGGCCAGGGACGCCUUUCACUAGACCAGGUUGCUCAAUGCCCCAUCCAACCUGUCCUUGAACAUUUCCAGGGGUGGGGCAUCCACAACUUCCCUGGGCAACCUGUACCAGUGUCUCACCACCCUCAGAAUAAAGAACUUUUCCUAAUGUCUAAUCUAAACCUCCUCUCUUUUUGUUUGAAUCGAUUCACUCUUGUACUGUCACUACAUGCUCUUGUAAAAAGUCCCUCUCCAUCUUUCUUGUAGGCUCCCUUCAUGUACUGGAAGGAUGUCCUCAUGUAACAGGAACAUUUCUUUUUGCUUAGGUAAACUGGGUAGACUUCUAUUCAGUGUAUGUAGAAAUAUGUGGUAAAUAUUGCAGCAAAUACACUUUUUUUCUUAUCAGUACAAUAAUUUCUACUGGGACAUGUGGUUUAAUUUGCUCUUAAUUAUAUCUGAGAUUGAAACAUGCCUCUUGGGGUUUGGAUCAUCUAUCUUUGUAUGAGUUGCUCAGUGUCUUUUUUAUUAAUAAAGAAUUUUUUACUAUUUUGGUUCUCUUAUUAAUGUUGAACACACUGAACUAUAUAUAUAGAUUUGAAAGGACAUUAAAGCAAUCGAAACAGCACAAUGUUCAAAAGUGAGCAGUGAUAUCAGUUUUAGAAUAUCUGGAUUAUUUUAGGCAGUUCUAACCCCUAAGCUCAUAUUAAAACUAAAUGUGGCCUAUGAAUACUUAAAAGACAAUGAAGAGAGCUUCCUUUGGCCCGCUAUCCAAUACCAAUAGAGCAAGGCUCUUUCUCCAGGCAUGGUUUAUCCAUGUAGUUCUGUCCCUUCAGACAAAUUGACUUUAUUAUAAAAGUAAUACUUUUAUACACUUGUUUCAGAGAAAGAUUGCUGAUCAAAUUCUUUACAUGGCAAACUUGGCUUAAUGGGGCAGGUUUUCUCAAGGAUAUUCACCUCUAGGGGAAGGGUAGACAUCAGUAGUGUUGUUGUCCUCUGCUUAUGGAGUAAACUGAAUUUCUUUCCAGCAGAGGUUGUGGAAGAGAUGCCUAUACUGAGUCCUUGUGCUGUGAGUGGGAGCAGAUGUCCUGUUUGGAAGAAUCUCUGGCUAGGAAGGCACAAUAGUCUUCCAGCAGUGAUUUUGCUUAGUUAAUCUUUCCUUGGUGGUUUUCCUUUUCUCUUUGAUCCUACAAAAGCAGAAGCAGCAUGUAGACCAUCUCAGUGAAGAACCCUCAGUAUAGUAGUUUUACUAGUGCUUCUAGUGAACAUUGCCAAGGAAAGGCUCUAGCUCUACUACCUAGUGUCUCUAAAUAUAUUUUACUGGAAGCUUAGAAGGCAUGUUAAGCAUUUCCCUAGUAGACUCUAGAGAUACAUUUGAACUUUUCUUGAAGAAUGCUUAAGUUAAAGUUCACUGUUGCAUAUCAUAUAGACAUCAUGUGAUUCAGGAUCAGUCAUAGCUCCAUCUGUGCAUCAACCAACACUGUAGACUGUGAGAUUAUGCCAGAACACGUAACUGCAGAUAGCCACAGCAUGAGCAGACUCAUCUGUUUGCUUAGGUGUCCUCUGGAGUAGUUGGCCUAAAAUUAGACGAUGCUACUAAACUGUCCUAAAGAAAAACAAAGUGAAAGCCCUAUAAAACUGCUCAUACCAUUUCCAUGAAAAUUGCUACCAAGGAAGAGGCUUAUCUGCUGAGUUAGGGCCAGGUUUUGAAUGCUGCCCUUUCAAGAAGGAAAAUGUUGCUAGCAGCUCUCAGUAGAGUGAUAAGUGAUGUGGGAUUGUGUCUGUAAGGCACAACUGAGCCAGUUGGUGAAGGCCAAAUGCAUUUAGGACUGUUCUCUGUAAAGGACUGUACUUGAAAUGCAUAAUAGGCAAGUUAGGGUGCCAACAAACAGGAUACUACAGAUCUUGAUUGCAUUUCAAGUUUUACUUACAGUAGCGUAAUAAUUAGUGGUGCUUAUGACUAAGUAACAAUAUGGCAUAUCAGUAAGACACCAGAAAUGUGAUGUUGGAACUGCUUCUUAAAAGAUUUUACAGUGGAUUAUGCCUGUACUUUGGGAAAUGAAGCCAUGAGAUGAAUAAACUGGCAAAGAUUGUCUUACAAUAAUUUUCCCUGAAAGAGCCGAUGUAGAUAUUUUGCAGUACUUUUCCCCAUCAUCCUCUUAGUUUUAUGUAACGCAUUUUUGUAGGUGUAUUUCUACACUUUCCCAAGAGUGAAAAAAAUAUUUUGCUUGUAGUUCAUCAAUUCAUUUAAUUGACAGAAUCCUCUACUCAUCCUUUUAUUCCCCCUUAAUCACAAUCAAAUUGGUGGGGAGACAGCCAAAAUGUUAGGUACCAGUGUCUCUCAAGCAGAUGUCACACCACUAUUUUUUAGCUCGUUUAAAUGAAUAAACAUGUUAAACUGUGAAGUAUUACAUUUUAGAUUUUUUCAUUAAAAAAAAUGGGACAAUCUGUUUACUGUCCUUAAUUGAGACAACAAUCCUGGCGGUUGCCAGUUUUGGCAGUUGUAAUGAUGAACUAUAAAUAUUGGGACAAAUUAACUAACUGAUGAUUGUGGAGGAUAGUUCAAGCACAGUUCUCAUUCUGAAUGAACAAUUUUUUCAGUGCUAUAUUUUCUCUAACUUCCAUAACUGUUAUAUUGGUUUUGCAUGUUAAAACAACAAAUAAAUACCUGACUAGUCAAUCAA